AUGACGCCAGUCUGGAAACUGUUGCUGUCGUCGCGUGCGGGUUGACGCGCAGCGGUGCGUUUCUUGGGCGCGUUUGGGGAUGUGAGUGAAUGACCCGCGUCCAGAUCAGCGGAACGCGUGCAGGUGUGUGUGUGUGUGUGUGUGACGGACAUCAUCAUGCUCAAAGGCUCUCAGUGAUCCGCUCCUUCCCAUGAUUCCACACCAGGCCGCCCCAUGCCAGCCCGUAACCACGAUGACUGCUCGCCCCCGUGAGCUCCUCCUCUGUCGCCCGGCGGCCGUUUGACUGGAUGAGGAACCCAGCCUCCAGUGAUGUGAUGCACAGGUUUGAGGUUCUUGGGAUUGUGGGGGAAGGAGCUUACGGUGUCGUCCUGAAGUGCAGACACAAGGAGACUAAUGAAAUCGUGGCCAUUAAGAAGUUUAAGGACAGUGAAGAAAAUGAGGAGGUGAAGGAAACGACCAUGCGUGAGCUGAAGAUGCUCCGCACGCUGAAGCAGGAGAACAUCGUGGAGCUGAAGGAGGCGUUUCGGCAGCGAGGGAGGCUUUACCUGGUGUUUGAGUACGUGGAGAAGAACAUGCUGGAGCUGCUGGAGGACAUGCCCAACGGAGCUCCACCGGAGAAGGUCCGGAUCUACAUCAACCAGCUGAUCAAAGCCAUCCACUGGUGCCAUAAGAACAACAUCGUCCACAGAGAUAUCAAGCCGGAGAAUCUGCUCAUCAGCUCAGACGACAUGCUCAAACUGUGCGACUUCGGUUUUGCGCGGGAUCUCUCUGAAAGCACCGAUGUGAACUACACUGAGUAUGUGGCGACCAGAUGGUACCGAUCCCCGGAGCUGCUGCUGGGGGCUCCGUACGGGAAGGCGGUGGACAUGUGGUCAGUGGGGUGUAUUCUGGGCGAGCUGAGCGACGGUCAGCCUUUAUUUCCGGGCGAGAGUGAGAUCGACCAGCUCUUCACUAUCCAGAAAGUCCUGGGACCCCUGCCGCCCGAACAAAUGAAGCUCUUCUACAACAACCCACGCUUUCACGGGCUACGGUUUCCCUCGGUCAGCCAUCCGCAGACUCUGGAGAGACGAUAUCUGGGAUGUACUGUCAGCGAGGGUUAUCCAUGUCAUUGUGGUUUGUAUUUUCAGAACCUGUUGCUGUUGAACCCGAAUGAGCGCUAUCUGACUGAACAGAGUCUGAACCACCACGCCUUCCAGACUCAGCGCCUGACGGAGCGACCCGGCCCGCUCACACCCACACCCGUCCGCCCCUCCAAGAGGAAACCGCUCCUGGACAACAGCGCCCCCAGCAGGGGUCAUGUGGUCAAGAGUUCAAGUCACCAUCGCUCAAACAGUCGCGACUGCUCCAGUCUGCCCCGUCACGGGCACGAAGACCUCCACCCGUCCAGCACCGAGGCAUUCCUGAAUGGAUCGGUACCUUCUGCCAACAGCCUGAGCCCGGUGAUGCACCCCAAAUCCUUCCAGCCACUCAACCGCUCAGCAUCGUGCGGUAAAGACCUGGCUAGCCUGCAGCAUGCUAAAGAAGCCAAAUCCAAAGUGGGCAAUUUUGACUUCGGCAAACCGGCAGACGGACCGGGAGCCAAAUACCUAAAAUCCAAUACGCCUCGCUCACAGAACCGCCAUUCCUUUGUGGAGGGCAAGACCAGCGGUUACGGUGAGUCCACCGCGUCAUCGUCUUCGGGUGGGAAGGGGUUGUCCUCGUAUCUGAGUUUGUCCAAGAGUCACGGAGUGCUUAGCGAUGCCAAAUCCGUGAGCAACCUCAGCGACAUGCGACUGCACCCAGAUGACCCCGCCGGCUCGCCGCGCUACUUCCCCAGCAGCUGCUUGGACCUCAACAUGAACCUGAACUUGCCGGCGCCAGGCAGCCCGUCCCUGCAACACGGGGAGCUUUCUGGACACAGUCCCGCAGUGGGGCGUCGCAGCAAACUGGAACGGGAUGGAAGCAUGGUGGAGCCGUCCACCCGCCGCUCCUCAUCAAGGCAAAAGAGCCAGCAGCAGAGUGACGGAAACCCUGUCGAUCCGCUCGACCCCAUAGGGGGUCUGUCUCUUUCGGCGCCCCAUGAUUUCCCCUAUGGCGUGGGCUACACCAGCCCAUUUUCCUCCCAGCAGAGGCCACACAGGCACUCCAUGUACGUGCGGAGGGAACGGGGGCGACCCCACGGCGAAGCGGGCGGAUUGGCAGUGGGGCAAGGGAUGCCCACUCGGGCCAGCAGUCUCCAGCUCCUGACCCCUCAGCUACAGCAUCGGACCCUGCCAAAACACAUGGGCAGCGCUGUGUCGCGGGACGCAGGAUUAGACGACAUCAGGAGCGACCCCGCGGCCGCAGAGGUCAGUCACACGCGACCUUUAAUCCGGGAGUCCACACGGGACAACACCGCUGCCUUUCACGCGCCACGGCAAAAAAGCGAGGGAGGCGUUUAUCACGAGCAGCUCGCAGAUGACAGCGGAUCAGCCAAAGAGAACCGCAUGAUGUACAGCGAGUCGGUGCCGCGACGGGUCGGGAGCUUCUACAGGGUGCCGUCUCCCAGACCCGAUAACUCGUUCCACGAGAGUUCAGGAGUCACGAUAGACAGCAGCCACAACAUACACCAACCCACAUACGACCCGUGGACGGGGUCUGAGGCACGGGACAUGAGCCCUUCAGAGCCCACCAAAGAGAAGGAGAAACAAGGCUUCUUCAGAUCCAUCAAGAAGAAGAAGAAGAAGUCACAAACCACAGACGCUGAUGAAGAGCGACUUCCAGUCACGAGGAAAACACUGUUUCCUCUCUUUCACUCUCAGAGGAGCUUCACGCGCAGCUCCUCUGAGAGAGAGUGUCCCCUAGUGGCCACACCAAUGGUGCCGAGUGAGGGGCCGGAUCAGGCGCUGAUGCAGAAAUCGUCCCGCUUGUACACACACCAGGGCAGCAGACAUCGCACCCGCAGCCGAGACCGAGAGCGCAGCCGCGACCGAGAGAGAGAACGAGACCAGGAUCAGGAGCGAGACGUCGAGUGGCCCGCAGAGAGAGCGCCCGAAACACACUCACAGCCUCUGAAGUCUCUGCGGAAGCUUCUUCAUCUCACCACCUCCUCGUCCUCGUCCUCCAACCAAACCUCGGCAGAUCUCCACUACCCCCUGCCCUCCUCCAAAGGCGGCGGGAGUUUCGUGGAGCCCCGCGGCCUUGGCUCCAUGCAGCCCAAGGGCCGUUCGGCUGCGUAUGGGGCCCCGGGGCCCCUGGAGUCCGGCUGGCACUCCAGCGCUCUGGGCCGUCCCGAGGGAAACCCGUAUCCCGACCAGCUGACCUCCAAAACGGGCCCGAACGGCUUCGCUCGCCACUUUCGUUCACGUUUGCCAAACCUGAAUGACCUUAAAGAGACGGCGCUGUGAGUCGGACUCACGGCGGCCCCUGAUGGGCCUUCUUUUCUUGCGUAUUAAGGGUAGGCCUAUAUGUCUUUUCUUUUUUAGUUUUGAAUAUUUGAUAGCACUUCUU